CUUUAUUAAGAGCAGGACACUGAGCUUUGUAUCUUAAGAGUCCUUCAUCUAAUCUUGAUAAAAAACAUAAUGGUAGAUCCAUAGCGAUGGUGUAUAUAAUGAACCUAGUUUGUUGGCGUAUAUACAGUUCUCAAAAAACUGCGGUAUGAGGAUGUUGAAAGCUAAUACAGUGUUCCUUUAAAAAAAAUUCUGUAUGUUCUUGGUUUCACAGCUUAAUAAUGUCAUGUCUAACAAUGUAGCUAAUAUGUUCUGUAAAUUAUAAAAAACAAGUAAACGAAGUUGUGCCACGGGUGGAGUUUUUUUAGUAAAAAAGUAAAAGGAUUAUGUUUAAGUUUAGUAGAGAGGGGCUGCCAAUAUUUCUCAAGACAAACACCAAAAUGGUUUGUUGAUAAGAUAAACAAUUUUUAACCAUUUUUAACCAUUUUUUAUCCUUUUCGUCUUUUAGAUGGAGAAACAACACAAAAUCAUCGAAAAAAAGUUUCUGUUCACUAUGCCAUUAGAUUUAAGGUCAGUAUUUUUAUCUUUCCUUUGUUCAUAUUUUUAUGGACGAGCUCUGUGAUGAUUUGAUACAUACUGCCUAAUUCAGUAAAUACCGAGUUCAGCAAAAAAUGUUGAAUAAGAAUGCUUGAUAUAGAAUUUGAGAAACUGUUGUUGUAGCAAGUCUGUCUUUUCUAAUCCUAUUUAUUUAGAAAUGUUUUGAAUGCGAUGAAAAAAAUGAAGUUGGCCGCAAGAACUGUAAAUCUUGUGGCAAGGUGUUUGAUAAAAAGAAAACAUUAAGCCAGACUAUUCCAGUUGGAAAAACAAAUGUGACUGCACAAAAAAACAUUAUCCAGAAAAGGCUUCUCGGACUCAAUCAGCAACACAACUAUAACUCUUUUGUUGUGUACAUUCGCAAGGGUAAAAGGAACACAGUAGUUGAUUCUUAUGCUACACCUGGAUUUUCAGAGAGUUUUCUUGGAACUACAGACAACCAGACGGAGUACGGAGAUUUUUUAAUGAGAGCUGUGCGUGGCCAUUUUAAAAAUUACAAUUCUUCCAACAAUAAUGAUAACAGCAAUGUUGAAAUUGGUAGUCAGUCACCUGAACACCUUUUGGAUGUGGAAGGUGAUGGUAAUUUAGAACUUGAAAGUGGACAGCAAUCCAGUAACCACGAACAGCAAGUGGAUGAAGUACCACAACAAUCAGAGAGUACAGAACAACAAGCAAAUAAUGCUCCUCAAGCUUCAUCUUUUGUGCAAGGACUAUCUGUGAUUUCCAAAGAAGAAAUCCAGGUAGGGGAUGUUUUUCCAGUGUAUUCCCAACCGGAUGAUCCAGAAGAAUUUUGGCUUUUUCGAGUUGCAAAAUGGUCAGCAAGGAAAGUAGAAGGUGCUUGGUUAAAUAAAGUGAAUGAAAGAGAAUAUGCGAACAGCUAUAAUGCCAAAAUAUUAUGGAAAAAUUUAGUUCGACCAGGAUCAUCCAUUACCAUACUUUACAAGCUUGAAGUUAUUUCAGCAAAUGGAAUGUUCACAAUAUCUGAACAAUGCAAUGAUGCAUUAAAAGCACUUUGUAGAUAAAGUAUUUUUUAAAGUAUUUGUGUAUUGAAAAUGAUAUGAAGGAUAAAAAGACCAUUUUUAGCGCGCAUGUAUUUUUUUAU